AGCUAGAUCCUCUCCAGAUGGUGAGUUUGUGCUACUGUAUACGACAACGAUUUUGACAUGAUGAAUCUGUACUUUGUUCUCAACAAAUUCGUUGCAUUGUUUUCAGACAAAUUAACACUAGCACAUGGACUGAAUCAAUCGACUGUUUUCACCAACGAAGCGCUAUGCAAGAAACUGAAGAAAGAAAGCAAUAUUACAAUUUUUCCUGAUCGCCAGGUGAUUGCGAUGACUGGAGAUGGCACCAACGAUGCUCCUGCCCUGAAACGAGCCGACAUUGGUUUUGCCAUGGGUAUUUCUGGAACUCAAAUCGCGAAGGACGCUGCGGAUAUUAUCUUAUUGGAUGACAAUUUCGCUUCUAUUGUGACGGCUGCCAAGUGGGGUCGAAACAUAUAUGCUUCGUUGCAAAAGUUUCUUCAGUUUCAACUGACUGUUAAUAUUUCUGCAGUGACAACUGCAAUUGUUGGAGCUUGCUACUCCCAGUACAGUCCAUUAGCAGCAAUUCAACUUUUAUGGGUAAACAUAUUGAUGGACUCCUUGGCGAGUCUUGCGCUUGCAUCAGAACCGCCCGUAGAGGAACUAUUGAAGAAGCCACCGGUUAACCGAACUCGCCAUAUGAUCACCAACCACAUGUGGGCAAAUAUGCUUGGCCAGGCUAGCUAUCAGAUAUGCGUUGUGAUGACUUUACUUUUUGCCGGACCAGAACUUUUGGACCUAGAACCCGGGCAUGUAGUGGAAGAUAGAAACGAAAAUUCUGUACAUUAUACACUGAUAUUCAACGCUUUUGUGUGGAUGCAGCUCUUCAAUGAAAUAAAUUGUAGAAAGCUGAAGGGAGAAUGUAAGUAUUCGUUUCAUAGCAACAAAAAGCGUUGCAGAGUUACAGAACAAAUCUCUAUUUGUCGGGAGAACUCAAGCUUCCUCUCUUUUGACUUCUUCAAUAACAGGCAAUGUCUUUAAAGGAAUGCUGAAGAAUCCAAUAUUUUGUUCAAUUUUACUGUCCACGUCAAUCCUGCAGGUUUUGAUUGUUCAGUUUGGAGGAGAUGCGUUGCAUGUUGCAGAUGGAGGUCUCUCCGGUGAAUUCUGGGGCCUGUGCCUUAUUCUUGGUGCUGGUUCUCUGCUAGUUCAACAAUUUAUCAAUCUGGCAUACACUCUAGGCCAGAAUACAAAGAGUUGGAGGCU